AUGGACUGGAAGUGUGUUUUUUUAAAUUUUCUCCUAUUUAUACCUCACAAUCGGAUCUUUAUUUUAGCGACAGUUGAAACUGAAUCAGAUUCUGCCAAAAUUUCACAGUUGACUGAACAGGAGCUGAUAGAUAAAAUUGUCGAAAAGAUAGAAGAACAGCAACGGAUCGCACAGAAGGGAAGCAGUGAUGUAGAAACAGAAGAUGACACUCUAAACAGGGCAGUAGUGGAGGAUGCAGACAAAAGCAGUGGAGUCUCCAACCAAAUUCCCCAGGGGGAGAAGAAAGAUGGGGUAGCCCCUGAAGGUCCCAGGGAUGGGUCAGAGAAUGAAUCCUCCUCAAACAAGAGCACUCUGCCCCCAGCUGUACCAGGACAUGUGGCUCCAUUGGAGCAACAGGAACAUGUUGACAGCAGGAGACAAUCUGGCCUCAUUGACACAGAGGACACUAUAUUUAUAAUUAUUAUUGCCGUGGCCGUGUCUACUGGUUUCCUGGGUCUGAUGUUAGCUGGUGUCUGCUAUUAUAG